AUGCUGGAAUAUGUUAAAGCAUCUGGGCUAUAUCCCUCCUUUACCUAUUGCAAAAGGUUAAUCGACGACUGGCGCGAACCAGCAACUUCAGUAGAUGGUAAUUCAGCUCUCGGUGUUGAGAUUUUUUUGUUCCUUUCUGGAUUUCUCGCAGCUCGAUCCUGGCAACGACAUAGAAGUAUUGACCGUCCAUUUUGGUCAAAUGCCUCUGGAUUUUUGUUUCGACGUUGGUUGAGAUUGGCCCCACCAACUUUAGCUUUUAUAUAUAUUGCAGCAGGCCCUCUGGGUAAAUGGGCAUUGCCACAAUUUUAUCAUUCAAUGGUCUCAAACUGUUCAUCUAAACAAUUAUUCUCACAUGUUCUUUUUAUAAAUAAUUUUUCGGAAAUACCAACUUGUAUGGGUUGGCUUUGGUAUUUAGGCCUAGAUUGGCAAUGCUAUUUAUUAACUCCGUUUUUGUUAUAUUUACUUGAGAAAAGGCCUCGAUUUGGAAUUUCUUUAUUGAUAAUAAUGAUUGGAGGUUCUAUUUUUAUUCGUGGAUGGCAUUGCCAAAUAAAUGGAAUUUGUAAUAAUAGCGAUGUUGAUAUUCCGUUUGUUUAUUUUCCCAACCUUUCCAAUGAUAUUCUUCAAACUUAUUCUUCGCUUUUUUCACUUUAUGCUCGUCCAACAACAAAAAUCGGUCCUUUCCUUAUAGGACUAAUUAUGGGCUAUUUUACAACAUUAAAAGAAACUUUUCUAUUAAAACCAAAAACUUCAAAAUUCCUUUUCUUUGGAGGAUUUUUAUUAUUAUUUUUGACAAUUUAUGGAAUUUUGCCCGAAUAUUGGUAUCCGAACCAAGGGAAUACUUUAUACAAUAUCUUAUAUACUGCGACGUUUCGAACGAUUUUUACUCUUGGGAUUGCUUUUAUUGUUAUUUCUGUUCUUUAUGGAGAAAGAUCGAGGUAGAAGAAAUUAUUUUAGUAGAAGCAGGGGGUAUUGGGAUUGCUAUACCCCCUCCUUCCCCUCUAGCAAUAAUUAGAAUUUCAAAAGGCAUUAUAGAAAUAAAUACAUACCACAUAUACUCCGUCAAAUAAUUACCCCACCUCUAUUAGUUACCCCCUCCAGCAAAAGGUUGAAACAAUAAUUGCUUCCAAAAAUUAAUUAUAAUUAGCCUUCCUAAAAUAACCUCUAUUAAUUACCCCCCCCUCUAUCAAUUACCCUAUCCAGAGAGAGGUCGAAACAAUAAUUACCCAGGGUAGGUAAUAGAAUAUAUACGGCAUUUAUUUUGGUUCGAUUUAUAAUAACAGAGCUCGAACUUUUCACCUUGCUGGCACGGUAUCCGUUUUUUUCUUUCAAGUUGACCCGGCCGGAUUUUCCGAGCUAUAACCUCGAAAACCACGAAAACUCGAAAACCCGAUCAAACUUAUAACUCACACAAAAACCUGUUAAAUAUAGGCGAUGUAAUUGAACGGGAUAAUUUUUUACGGGGGGUUUGCUUUUAUUUAUCAGAUUA